ACUGCAUUUUAUGAUGUGGUGUACUUUGUGCGUGUAUGAAGUGGUUGUUGUGGUCAUGGUUACAGUGUGCACAUGUGUGAUUUUUAGCAUGUUUCAGCUGCGGUUUGUCUGAGGAAAAGAUAUUAUUAUGAUGGCUGCACGAGACUAUAUGUUCUUGUUGCGGUUCACGUCACGCACGUGAGGACGUUUCUAUAUGAAGAAUCAAUCUCGGUGAUCAGUCAUAGAAGUACUACUACAUAAACAAAAAAGCGCGUCCAUGUCCUCCGUGCGUUUACAGCCGCUGUGAUAUAUAUUUAUACGGACAGAGCUGACAGCCAAUCAGCUUCUACUAUUCCCUGAGUGGGCGUGGCACGCGUCUCGCGAAUAUCCAACGAGGGCGCCCGGUGGGCACGUAGAACAAGGGGUUAGUGUAGUGUUGUUUUGCACCCAAAAGCGUUGAUAUUGACAAACGGGCCUUGAACGCAGCAAUAACGGUGAAACAGGCGAAAGAGCCGCGCGUCGUUCGCUUCAGUUGUUUCUCCCCGUGGAGGAGGCGGCUCUGUCGGUAACGUUCGGAAACAUCGCCCCGGUCUGCUCGGAGCUUGGCAGGGAACAAUGCCUGGCAAAGCCGCGGUGGCAACGGUGCCUCAACCCAGCGGUACCGUCGACUCGAUGGCUCCGCAGAAGUCCUUCCCGUUUGUUUUAAAGAAGAUUAUGGACAUCCCUCCUCCCAAUAUCCUGGAGGAAGGCGACGACGAAAUAGAGAAGGAGAAGCUGUGCUCAUCUGAGGAUGUUGAGGGAGGCGGGGCUGGGGCAGCCAGCACUGGUGGAGGUUCCAGAGGAGGAGGGGGUGGAGGUGGUGGCAGUGGCGGGGUAUCAGCCUCCCUAACCCCAGCCAUUUGGGAGAAGACCAUUCCCUAUGAUGGGGAGACCUUCCACCUGGAGUACAUGGACCUGGAUGAGUUCCUCCUGGAGAACGGGAUCCCUGUGAGUCUGGAGGAGGAGGAGCAGCUGCAGAAGACUCUAUCCUCAGUGGACGGCAAAGGCAAAUCCACCCCCAAGGUUUCUGCUACAACCACCACCACCACUACUCCUACUCCUCCUCCUCCCCCUACUCCUACUCCUGCUGCUGCAGCGUCUGUCUCUGGCUCGGCAUCUUCCCCCUCCGCCUCCGCCACCUCUACAGUCACCUCAGAACCAGAGGAAACGGUGACUGUCACCACCUUGCAGCCGGCUAAACUAGAGGAGGAAGAGGAAGAAGAUGAGGAGGAAGAGGAAGAAGAUGAGGAGGAAUCCUUGUCUGAGGAAGCACCAGCAGAAGGGAAAGUGAAGGAGAAGAAACCAGAUCGAGGCGCUGCGGAACGCAACACGCCCUCCCCCAUCGACCCAGAUGCGAUCGAGGUGGACAUUAAUUUCCAGCCGGACCCCACAGACCUGGUCCUGUCCAGUGUGCCGGGGGGGGAGCUGUUCAACCCGCGCAAACACAAGUUCUCUGACGAGGAGCUGAAACCGCAGCCUAUGAUCAAGAAGGCCAAGAAAGUGUUUGUUCCUGAUGAACAGAAGGAUGACAAAUACUGGUCCAGGAGAAAGAAGAACAAUCUGGCAGCAAAGCGUUCUCGUGACGCGCGGCGGCUGAAGGAGAACCAGAUCACCGUGCGCGCCUCCUUCCUGGAGCGGGAAAACGCCGCGCUGAGGCAGCAAGUGGCUGAGCUGCGGAAGGACUGCGGCCGCUGCAAGAACGUCCUGGCCAGAUACGAAGCGAAGUACGGCCCACUGUAAAAACCUCGGAACAAGAAAAAAAACCCCAUGAAGUGUCAACGAGACAAAAGCAGAACUCCCUUCCCCGCAAAAAUUCAACACAGACACAAACACCAAGGGAAUCUAAAUUUGCACUUUUGUCUUUGCUGACCUCCAGUCACUGUGUCGAGCUCUAGCACGAUGCUGGAGUUUUGGAUACACACUGGCAGGCAGUGAGGCAUGAUGGGAGUGGUGGUCACAGGAAGGCCUGUGGAGAGCGCCUGGCUCCUACACUCAGAGAGGAAGUUGGACGGUUGUGGAUACUCCCAUGGUCACACACACAUGGAAAAUAUGAUCUGUCUCAAGACGGUUUCAGGAGAGUCAGGAAAUCUGAAAAGAGCAGGCUGGUACAAAAGAAUCACAGGCUUUUUUAAAUACUUCACAAAUCUGUUUUUAUCACUGCAUAGCACUUCCUCCUAGUGGACCAAAGCAUGAGAAACGUCAGUUAGAAGUUGUGUAUUUAGACUGGUGCACACUCGCCGUCCCUCACUUCUCCUUGUGUUGCACUCAUGUUUGUGUCUGUACUUCCUUUUAAAAUACUCCAGCUGAGGCUCAGAGGAAGGAUGUUUUUAUUAACUCACGGCGCGGUCGGAGAGAGGGACAGAUGAACGUGUGAAUCAAGGAGCAGGAGGCAGAUUCACAGCCUCACUACCAGCCUGAAGAGAGAGAGAGAGAAUCACAGACCUCAGGGCGAGAGGAGGAGGAGGAGGAG